GCACUCGUCCAAUUAUUGACCGUUUAUUAGAAUAUGGAAUGAUGUUCGAAGAAAAGGAUAGGAAUGGUGAUCGACCUAUAGAAACAGCCAUUAAACAUAAAAAUUGGUCCUCAUUAGAAGGAUUACUUCGCCGAGGGGCUCGAUUACGUUCAACAACAUGGCAAGCUGCUCGCGACAGUGAUGGAGAAGCUGUUCUCAUUCUACUGAACAAACUUUUAGACGAUGCUUCAAUCCUAUUCAGGAAAAAACGACUUGAAGAGGCUAUGCAUCG